GAUGCUGAUGAUAUGAAGUUUUGGAUUUGUUGGGGGCGGGGUCUCAAUAAUUUGCUUUAGUCUUUUGCACUUUAUUACUCCAGAAACUUCAGGGUCUCGCUAUAUCGAUCUCCAUUGCUGAUUGCUGAUUGUUGAUGAUGAUUGUGUGUGUGACCGGAGGUGCCGGUUACCUUGCCUCCUUCCUCAUCAAGGCCUUGCUGCACAGAGGCUACACAGUCCAUGCAACUCUCAGGAGUCUCGGAGAUCCGACGAAGGUGGGGCUUCUGAAAGAGCUUCCUAAUGCGGAUUCCAAACUGAAAUUGUUCGAGGCAGAUGUCUACAAACCUGAUGAAUUUGCUCCCGCCAUUCAUGGCUGCCAUGUCGUCAUCCACAUGGCCACUCCUUUGCAGCACACCCCACAAACCUCCCAGUACAAGAACACGGGGGAGGCAGCUGUUGCUGGAGUCAGGAGCAUAGCGGAAGCGUGCAUAAGAGCCGGGACUGUGAUGAAACUCAUAUACACCGCCAGUGUGGUGGCUGCAUCUCCUUUGAUGGACAACGCCACUGGUUUCAAGGACACCAUGGACGAGACUUGUUGGACUCCUUUUGAUUUCCCAACUCCUUACCUUAUCGAUCACUUUGUGGAAUACACGAGAUCAAAGACAUUAGCAGAGAAGGAAGUGUUGAGCUACAAUGGGAAAGGCAUACGUGUCGUGUCUCUUGCUCUCGGCGUUGUUGGAGGGCGCGAGACGCUUCAGUCAUGGAUGCCGGAGAGCUUGGGUGUGAUGGUCUCCCAAGCGACCAAUGAAAAGAAUAGGUAUCAAGGGCUAAGGUUUCUAGAGGAGUUGUUGGGAAGAGUGCCAAUUGUGCAUUUGGAAGAUGUAACUGCAGCCCAUAUUUUCUGCUUGGAACACCCGCAUAUCAAUGGCCGGUUUCUUUGUGCUAAUUCCUUCCUUAAAUCUGUUGAGAUCGCUUCUUACUAUCAGCUCCACUUUCCCCUCAUUAAAAUCCCCCAAGAGUUCAUUGAGGACACAAAGAGGGACACAAAGUGGGGUUCAAGGAAGUUGGAAGAUGCAGGUUUUGAAUGGAAAUAUGAUUAUAGUACGAUUUUUUCCGACAGUUUGCAAUGCGCCAAGAGAUUCUGCAGUAUCCUCAACUGAACUAUAUGUUUAUCAGUAUCGUGAGUCUAGUAUCUUGAGGCCGGAAUGCACCAAGAGAUUCUACUAUCUCCUUAAUUCAACUAUGGUUAUCAGAAUCUUGUACCAAAAACAUGUUUAUCAAUACAACCGUAGUAUAUAUUGGCUAAGAAUAUUAUCUUAUGAAGUUAAUUGGCAUGUCAUUACGGUUUUUAUUCGCACUAACAAAAUUUGAUGACCGUU